UUCUCAUAAAUACUUUAAAUCAAACUCUUGGAUAGAGAAUACAUAUAAAUACGAUAGCUUACAUCAAGGGAGGCGACUGAUACGAACCAAUAAUGAAAACGAGGCUAUGUAAACUACAACAACAACUGAACACACGGUCAAACAUGGAGGCCGUAACAGAUGGGCGAAAUAUGCCGGAGUCUGUACUGGACACUCUGUUUCAACCAGGCUACAGAUCGCUGUCUUGUGUCACCAUGGUCAAACCUCGGAUAAAUUACCUUGGUGUCUGCUACACAAAACCAGACUCUUAUGCCGAUCUAAGCCCAUCAAUGUAUGACAGAGUUAAAACAGGGAGAAGGCAACACAAAUCAGCAGAAGACCAACAGCCCGAAGAUAUGGAAGUUGAAGAAUCUGGCAGUGAUAAUGAAAAAGAGUUGAAGCUCUUUGUCAGUGGCAAUAAUCAGGAUCGGAAAGUGUUUAGCAGUUCUCUUGCUUUUAAUGGCCCAAUGGUCAUGUGUGUUGAUAAUAUAAGGGCACACUCGAAUGGAAUUCUACCAUCACCUACAAAAUUGACCAGAAAACUUGUUGAAAAUCUAAAGACUACUGAACGAAUGGAGACAUCAAAUGAUUUGCUUAAAGAUUCUACCAAGUUUUCUGGAGUUUACCUCGAUGUUGAUGAAGUUGUGCAUGAUACAAGUAUUGGAGACUAUGAUGUUAGUUAUCCCGACCUAGAGACAAUAGAAGAAGAAGAUGGAAAGGAUGAAAGCUUGCCAGAUAUAUUUGCAAAGAAUAAGUUGAAAUACAUAAAUAACAAAGAGCGCAGUUCAGAAAGAAGUAAAUCUGCAAUAAACAAACAUUUAAGUAAUUGUGGGAUGAUGACUUCCAAUGAAGAAUCUGAAAUACCUAGCUGCCAAAGUGAUGAAAGUAUUUAUGUACAAACAUUGAAAUCCGUCCAGCCAGAAAAUAGAACGACAACUACAGUCAAAGAUGUAGAGGUGUCAGUAUACAAAACCAAUUCUUUAAAUAUUUUUGAACAAAUGUCGAGCUUAACAUCAAACUCAAACUUGUGUGUAACUGAGAUACAUACACCUGAAAAUAGUGACCAUCAAGACAAUAACAUUGCGUGUAUUACUACUGAAGAGACUUUACAGGAACUUAAAGAACCAAACAUUAAAACAUCUGUGGAGCCAGAUCAUGAUACAUUAGAUGAGCUUAACAGUGAAAUCAUCACCACUAAGAAAAUGCCAUUGAAAGGGAAGGUCAAAAGUGGUAAAAUAGAUGACUCUGUUAAAGACAAAUCUGAAUAUUUAAAAACACAGCUUCUGAAUGACAAAAGCAAAAGAGAAGGCUCUUCAAAAUAUUUAAUGAACUGUAGGUCCAAAAGUUGGGAUACAACAUUUAAAAAGCAGAAUGAUAAAAACAUUCCCACAAGUACUCCCUCUGAUAAAAUAGAAUCUGUCAGUCUUUCCAAUGACCAAGUUGUUUAUGCAAAAGAAAAUGAAACUGAUAAUGAAAUAAUUUUGCAGCAAUUGGGUAAAUGUACCAGCAUUGAAAAAAAUUGUUCACGCUCUAUGUCUUCUGAUUUUGAACCGAGCAGGGAAACCUCAAAGAAGGCACCCAUGAAAGAAAAAGAUGAUAAAUUGAGUAGACAAAGCGAAAGAAGAACGAGUAGUGAAAAAGAACAGCUAGUAUCCAAUAAUCAAAAGGUGUCAGAUGUGUCAAUAAGGUUUAAAAAUAAACACGGGUCGACUUUAAAUUCACACCAAAAACACGAAGAUUGCUUACCAACAGAGAUAAAGAAAAGUAGUGAAAAGAACGAAAGGAAAAGCGAUGUGGUGAAUUUGAGUAUUGAAAUGAUGGAAAUAAACAGUAACAAGAUCCAAUCUUGUAAAAACAGGAAAGUUAUUGAAACAGACAAGCGAUUUUUAUUAAACAGUGGUGGUAGAUUUGAAACGGCAAAUAAAACGGGCAGUGGUUGCAAUAAGUCAGAUGAAGAUGAACCUAAUACAAAAUCCAAAAAGUGUAGUUUUCCUUCAGGUGGCAAGGGAAAUUCUAGAUGUUCUAGUAAAUCCAAUUAUAACACACAUACCAUAGAGAGUCUGGCCACAUCAGAGAAUCCUGAAGAAAUAGUUGUAUCAGGUGAAACAGCCCACACAGUAACUCAAGCUUCAGACAGUUUGAACAAAAAUGAAGGUAAUGUCAGUAUUGUAGAAGGGAAGAAGGAGGAGAUUGAAAGAACAUUUAAACAAAUAGAUAUUGAAACAAAACAACUUUCAACUGCAAAUGAAGUGUCUCCAGAUGUAGAUGAUGGUGGAAGAAGUUCUGAGUCCGCAAAAAUAUCUUAUUCAGUGCCAGUUGAACCACUUACAAACAAGGUUCGUUUUUGUCCUUGUUGUAAGAAAGCUCUUUAUUUGUCUGCUCACAAAUUUGAUAAUCAUAAAGUUUACUGUGAAAAACAUGUGAAACAGUUUGAAUUGAGAAAAGCUGAAAAGAGUGAAAGCGCUAUGGCUCAGUCUUGCAAUGCAAAAGAAAGUGAAUCAAGUGCGAUGAAUGAAUCAACUGUCAAAGUCAAUGGUAAAGAUAAUACAUCAAAAACACACUCGCAAGAUUUGAAUAGCGAACCAGUAGGAAAAUCAGAAGUUGUGAUGAAUGAAAAUAGCAAUACUGUUCACAAAACUAAUAAUAAAAUACAGCAAAAUGUGCCAUUAGAUAUUAAAGCACAGAGCAUUAUUUCUAAUGAUAAUGAAGAUGAGAGAUUAAAAGGUACCUCAAAUAACAGGAAGACAUCAAUGCUGUUAUGUAAUGUCUGUAAAAGAACUUUCUGCAAAACAAAUGAACAACUUGCCAAACAUAUGGAACGUGUCCAUAACAUUAGGGAUGUUAAAAUUGUUAUGACGGAAGAAAAAGGGGCAAAUGCUCAUGGUGAAGUUAACAAAAUUUAUGGAGCAAGUUCUAAUAUUGGAUAUUCAAAGAGUGAAAGGGUUAGGAAAUGUGAAAUUUGUACCAAUAAGUAUUUUCUUACCCAAGAAUGUUUAGAUAAGCAUUUUAAAGAGGUUCAUAAGACAAACACUGAAAAUGUUCAGUUGAAGAUAAAAUGUGCAAAAGUAGCUGAGAAAUCUCUGAAUGAAGAAAAUACAAAAGAAGAUAAAAAAAAUGUCCAUUUGAAUAAAGAAUUUACAAAAUUAAUUGACAAAACUCUAAGUUCGAGUAUACCUGAAAACAACACUAAACUGAAUGCUCCCUGUGAUGUGUCAACAAAAGACAUUGUUGUUGAUACUUCAUCAGCUAAACAGGAAAAUGUUGUUGAAGGAGCUAAAGCUGAUAACAAAGAUAUUCCACAUGUUUCAAAUAGUGCUACUUCAGAGCAGUCUUCAAUCAAUGUUUCUCCUAAAAAGUACACAUGCCAGACUUGUGGUGAGACAUUUAGAUAUAUAAGUCAGCUUAAAUGCCAUAUACACCAACAGCAUAGAAAUGCCUUUUCACCUGGAGACUUGAGAAAUAAUAAAAUUUCUAAUUAUAAAAACAACAGUGCCAAAAAGCCAUCACCAAACUCUAAGGUCACUUCAAAGCUAGGUAUCAACAAGCCAUCAAGUGAAAUAGAAAUCCUUAAAGUCUCAACUAAUGAGUCAGUAACAAGCUCUUUGCAUGUAGGUAACAAAAAACCUCGACAGGAUGUCGAUACUUUGAAGCGGAAAAUAGGAGAGACAUCAAGUGUUUCAGAUCCAGCUAAGACUAUGUUGCUAAGGAAUGACACUGUACACGACAAACUCAGGGAAAACGAUUCCUUUAAUAUUCCAUUUAAGUCCAGGGAAUCAGAACAUAAACAAGGCAAUGAAGAGGAUGAACCACCAAGAAAAAGGAGAACAUCAAAGGUGGAGCUGUACUCACCAACAGGACAAUCCAUGUCAAAUAUUGUCUCACCAACACGUCAAUUGAUGGAUCUUCGCUCGCAGACAAGAAAAUCAAUUGAUGAUAGUCGCUCACCAUUAGGACAAUCAAAGACUGGUUUGCGCUCGCCCACACGAAAAUCAAUAGGAGAUCUUUGCUCACCAACACAACAAUGCAAGAAAGAUCUUUGCUCACCCACACGACAUGAUUAUGCAGACCAGGAUGAAGAAAGCACAAAAUAUUCAUCAGAUACAAGCAGCGAUAGUAGGGAAAGAUUAUCUGACAAACAGGAAAGAAGCUUGUCACUGGAAAGGGAAUGCAGCAGUAGGGAAAGAUUAUCUAAUGAACACGAACGGAACCUUAGGGCUAAAUAUAAACAUUCUCAUAGACAAAGACAGAGCCCAAACAGAAAGUCUUUGAAUGUUUCAAGAAGAGGUGAUCCAAGUUUCAGAGGGAACAACACAAAUUUGCCUAAUGUGCAUAGUGUUAUGAACCCUUACAGGAGGGAUAUGUCAGGUCAAGGUCGAGGGUCAGAUAGAGGUCGUGGUAGAGGUCGUGGAAGAGGUCAUGGAAGAGGUCAUGUGGGGUAUGGUAAUCGUUUUAAACGAAGUGUAAAACAAGAUGGCUAUUUUAGGUGCAGGAAGUGUUCAGAAAGAUUCCCAAACCGUGAUUUACUUAUGGCUCACAUAAAUGACAAAAGACACUAUUGCCCGACAUCAUGGAGACCAAACAGGGCUUGACACUAACUUUUUUUACCUACUGACCCAAAGGACCACCAGCUUUCAGAAAAUUACUGGUCCUCCAAGAUUUCAAGUGGUCCGACAAUUUUUAUGUUAUUUUACCUAAAUUUCAACUUACUUUCCGGACUAUACACAAUGUAUGAUGACUAUCAUGCAUUUAUAAAAAGAAAACUAUACUGAAUUAAUUUAAUAUUCAUUGUACACAUGGUACAGUAACAUAACUGCUAUUUUUAUCCCAGUCUCGAGUCAGCCCAUAAAAUUAUGAUGAAAUUAUCGGUUUAUUAUGAACAUGUAAAGUGGUUUUAUUGAUGAAAACAGCUUUCCACCAGUAUUUCACAAUUAACUGGACAGGAUUUUUAACUGGUCCGACAUAUCAAUCAAAUUUCUAGUUUCACUGGUCCUACCUAUAUUUUACUGACCCUGGGUCAACGGACCACCGUUAGUGUCGAGCUCUGCCAUAUUGAUUGAGAAAAAAACGUUUUUGUAGUUUGUUCACCUGAUUGUGUAUAAGGCUGCUUUAUUUAUGAAUUUUGUGUUUUAAUCUGUUUGCUGUUGUUGUUGCUGUGAUGAUGUCAUUCUUUUAUACAUGUACAAAACAAGUAGAAAUCAGCAUGUAAUUAUUUUAUAUCAGGGAAAAAUAGUGCUUCCUAUGUUGUUGUUUUUUACAGAAAUUGCUUAUGUAAAACCUCUUUGUACACUUAAUCAUGUUUUUUUGUCUUCGUGUACUAGAAAUUGCGUUUCAGUUUUUAUUACUUACCAAUAUUAUUAUUUCUAUCAAAAGAUUUGCACAUGUGUAUGUUGAUGGAACUAUUAAAUAACAAAGUUAUGUAAAAUAACUUAUUGCAUUUUAAUUAUUAUUUAAAAAAUAGUUUGUGCACACAUGGAUUCUUCACUUACCGGGGGGGUAAAUGGACACUUGAUGUUACACUUAAAAUGUAGCAAUUAUUGUGAUCUUGAAGUUGAUAAUUUUGGUUGAUCUCAUAUGCAAAAACAUACAUUGUACAUGUAAAAACAAAAUGAGAUGGUAUCAAACACAUUUUUUUGUUGUGUGCAUUUUACUUUUACCAAUAGUUGCAUAUAAUUUGAGGUUUAUUUGCUGCAUUUUUCUUUAAACAAAUGAGGCAAUUUUAAACAAAUGAGGCAAUUUUAUUAAUUUCAAAACACCUUUUAAACAAGUGAAUUUAUAUCAAAGUUCAAAAUUGUUAUUCUUGUUAAGUUUUGUAAAAUAAAGUUACUUGCCACAUUGUCAUUGUGCCAUAGGUAAUAAUUGAUUAAUUAUAUAACAAUAUCACUGUCAUAACAGAACAUGAUAGUUUGUGUUUUGUUAGUACAUGUAUGUUAAAGAAAUAUGUCGGUUGAAUGUAAUUAUAUACUAACCACCAAAUUGUUAUGGUUUUGUUUUUUGUUUUGGUAAUAAUGUCUAACUUUUGUUCCUCUAAAAUGCAUAAUACUUUUUAUAGUGUGUGUAGUUAUAACUUACAUUAUUGAAAACCAUAUUUGUUUUUUGUUUUAUUUAAACUUAUGUAUUGUUCAAUUGAUAAUGUUCAUUUUGAAUUUUUAAGUACUGCUGAAAUGUUUUUUUGUUGUCUCUUUUGAACAUUUUAGUUCUCGUCCCAUAAUUUCUUUUAUAUGUGUAUAUGAAUUGGCAGUUUUUUAACAAGUUACGUGAAUGUGGCUUAACGCUCAUUGAAAAUGUAAUCAAACAAAUAAUCUUUCUUUUAUUAAUUUUACUCUAACAUUUGCAUGCCCAUUAUUAUUUAAAGUUUUUUUUAACAGUUUUAUGUUAAACUGAGAUUUACAUGUGUAUUUGCACAAGAAUGUGAUCGUAUACAUUGAGGUAACACUAUACCGGUACUUGUAAUAGUAUCAGAUGGUGUCAAUGAAUUGUUCAAAAUUUAUUGACAUGCUGGAAAGAAGUAUGAGUGGUCUGAAACGUUCCAACUCAUUGAAAUGGAAUGAAAUACCCCAGCUCACCACUCAUGUAUACAGUAUACAUUUCCCUAGUUCACCAGACAUUUAUAUCAGUGAUUCAAAUUUGUGUGUAACCUAUGAACUAACCAUUUCUUUUGACAUUUUACUCUGAUUAUUCCUUCUAUACUAUUUAUUUAGUGUUGUUAAUAUUUUGAGGUUAAUUUAUAUUUUGACAAUAAGAGCUGAUUGCUUUUUCAUUUGUUAGUUGUCCUUGUGGGAUUUUUGACAGUUUUUAAUAGUAUAUCAGUCAUUUCAAGUUGGGCAGUUAAUCAACACACUUUUUUUCUUGGGAAGCUGGCUUACACGUACCAUGUGCACAAACUACUACCCUGCCCUUCUUGAUUCAAAGGAAGGGGGAUAAUGGCCGUAUGAAAAUUUCAUUAGCAUUACCACAUAAAUUAUGUUAUAUGACUGGGAUAGAGACAGCGAUCCUCAUAUUUGUUGUUCAUUAUCUACCUAGUUCAUAAUGGUUUUUUUGCCAUUAAUGUGUUAUAAUUAAAGUCAUGGAAUUUCCAGCAUGUACACAAUGCUUGUAUGAUUACGCUCAAAUAUAAUGUACUUUGGUCAAUUUUCAUUAAAGAAUCAAGUGGUAUUUUAGUUCAAGAUGAACUUAACUCAAUGGUCGGUGUUUUGUUGCUUCAUUUUAAAUGCCUUUAUAAAACAUUUCAUAAUGUCCUUCUUGAAAAUCUGCAGUGUUGCAUCUUCAAUUUACUAUUCGGGCCCCAGGACAAUGACAAUGGUUCAGCUUAUUUUGAGGCUUCUUCUAAAGCAUAUGAGCCUUUCUGUGGAAAACUAGGCUUAAUACAUACCGAUAAAGUGUUGUCCCAGAUUUAUGUGUGCAUCCCCAAAAGCCAAACAAUGACAGCACGUUCCUCGUUGAUGGGAUCUUUAUUAAGCAGAGACUUCCUCUAAACAAAAAAAUCCUUAAAAGCCAAAAGUGUUGUCCUUUAUCAUGUGACCUGAUGUUGCAAUACUGUCUAGUUCUUAGUUUUGUGUACCAUUGAUAAUAAUAGUUGGGCAGGUAAAAGAGUUUCAUUAUCAUGUACAUGUACAUGUAUAUACACUGAUUACCUGUAUAUCAAUAACAAUGGCUUAGUUUCAUUUCGUAAAAAUAUAAGAACGAAAAUGGCCCAGGGUGUUUAAUUGUGCAUAAAUGUAUGAGGGUGUAUAAUACAUAAAUAUUUAUGACCCCCUUCGAAGAAGAGGGGGUAUAUUGUUUUGCUCAUGGCGGUCCGUAUGUCCGUCCUGUCCGUCCACCAGAUGGUUUCCGGAUGAUAACUCAAGAAUGCUAAGGCCUAGGAUCAUGAAACUUCAUAGGUACAUUGAUCAUGACUCCCAGAUGACCCCUAUUGAUUUUGAGGUCACUAGGUCAAAGGUCAAGGUCACGGUGACCCAAAAUAGUAAAAUGGUUUCCGGAUGAUAACUCAAGAAUGCUUAGGCCUAGGAUCAUGAAAUUUCAUAGGUACAUUGAUCAUGACUGGCAGAUGACCCCUAUUGAUUUUCAGGUCACUAGGUCAAAGGUCAAGGUCACAGUGACCCGAAAUAGUAAAAUGGUUUCCGGAUGAUAACUCAAGAACGCUUAGGCCUAGGAUCAUGAAAAUUCAUAGGUACAUUGAUCAUGACUCGCAGAUGACCCCUAUUGAUUUUCAGGUCACUAGGUCAAAGGUCAAGGUCACGGUGAUCCGAAAUAGUAAAAUGGUUUCUGGAUGAUAACUCAAGAACGCUUAGGCCUAGGAUCAUGAAACUUCAUAGGUACAUUGAUAAUGACUCGCAGAUGACCCCUAUUGAUUUUCAGGUUACUAGGUCAAAGGUCAAGGUCACGGUGACCUGAAAUAGUAAAAUGGUUUCCGGAUGAUUACUCAAGAACGCUUAUGCCUAGGAUCAUGAAGCUUCAUAGGUACAUUGAUCAUGACUCGCAGAUGACCCCUAUUGAUUUUCAGGUCACUAGGUCAAAGGUCAAGGUCACGGUGACUCUAAAAUGGUAAAAUGGUUUCCGGAUGAUAACUCAAGAAUGCUUAUACCUAGGAUCAUGAAACUUCAUUGAGGUCAUUGAUCAUGAUUGGCAGAUGGUCACUAGGUCAAAGGUCAAGGUCACAGUGACUUGAAACAGUAAAAUGGUUUCCUGAUGAUAACUCAAGAAUAAUUAGGCCUAUGAUCAUGAAACUUCAUAGGUACAUUGAUCAUGACUGGCAAAUGACCCCUAUUGAUUUUCAGGUCACUAGGUCAAAGGUCAAUGUCACAGUGACAAAAACAUAUUCACACAAUGGCUGCCACUACAACUGACAGUCCAUAUGGGGUCAUGCAUGUUUUACAAACAGCCCUUGUUUAAUUAGAUUAGGUAUAUCUCAAUGAAAUGUUAUACAUGAUUUUUAUGUUGAUAUAAAUGUUUUUAUAAACAUGUAUUUUUAUAUAAUUAUUAUUCAAUUAUUAUGGAAUGUUUAUUAUAACUCAUGUAUUCAUGUUAAUGCAGAUUGCAAUUGUAAACACUCAAUAUAUUGAUAACUAUGUUAAUAUUCAGAUGUUUGAACCCAUUUCUUAUCUAAUCAGACAUAUUAACUAGGAUGUUCAUAGUAUGGAGAAUAAUUGAGUCGCAUCAUGCGAAAAUUGGUCUAAAGCCAUAUGCUUCCAGCUUAGAUCCACAAGAGCCAUCUGCGCAGUCUGUUCAGGAGCUUCCCUGUCUGCUAAUAUAACUGCAUAACCAUGUGUGAGUUGACGCUAUUUCACUGGCUGGUCUGUUGCUACGCUGACUGCAAAUGGCAUAAGACCCAUUUUCGCAUGACACUGCUGAAAUUAUGUAGUAGGUACACACAUCCAACGAUUUUUAAGUUACAUGUUUGUAAUAUUUUGCAGCUUCAUACAUGAACAACAUUAACAGAGAUUCAAUAAAUACUACUGAACUCCAA